ACAUAUAGUAGAAUGGUCACACUAUACGAAAUUAUGAGUAUUAUAUGGAUGAUCGAUGAAGAUGAUGCAAAGCUUAGGUUUAGUAGUUAUGGAGAUUGGUUAAAAGCUUUUCCAAAAAUGAACAAUACUUCUUUCACUUUAGAUAACUUUGAUGAAAGAGUGAUGGAUAUCAAAAAAUGUUUACAUGAUCGAAUGAACAAUCUAAAAAAAAUGAUGUCACAUUUAUUGCUGUUUUGGUGGCUUGAUGAUUUCGUUGUUGGUUUUGGUGUUGCUUAG